CAAUACAUAUAAUAUUAUAGUAAAAAAAAUAAUAACUGUUUUAUUGCAUUAACUAAUAAUAAUAACAAACAAUUAAAUUGUUUACUAAAAUAAUUGAUUCAUUCAUUGAAUUAAAUCAAGCGAUUAAAAUAAAAUAUCAAUUAAUAUCAUCGAUCGGUCGGUAAAUUACAAAUAAAAAAUGUCGGGUUUCGUGACCUGCGGUCCCAACGAAGCUCUCGUAGUCUCAGGAUGCUGUCAUCGGCGGCCACUUAUGGUUCCCGGCGGUCGAGUGUUCGUUUGGCCAGUUGUCCAAAAGGUUCAGAGGAUAACAUUGAAUACGAUGACACUGACCAUCGAGUCGCCGCGGGUCUACACACAACAAGGUGUACCGAUAUCGGUAACUGGUAUAGCCCAGGUCAAGAUACAGGGCCAGAAUCUCGAUAUGUUGCGGGCGGCCUGCGAACAGUUUCUCGGCAAAAGUGAACAAGAAAUUAUGUCAGUGGCCAGAGAGACACUCGAAGGUCAUCAGCGGGCAAUAAUGGCAUCGAUGACCGUCGAAGAGAUCUAUAAGAAUAGGAAGAAAUUUUCGAAAAAGGUUUUCGAAGUGGCCUCAAGUGAUUUGGUUGAUAUGGGUUUUACGGUUGUCUCGUAUACGAUCAAAGAUAUCAGUGAUGAGGAAGGCUAUCUCAAGGCAUUGGGUUUGGCCCGUACUGCCGAAGUCAAACGCGAUGCCCGUAUUGGCGAAGCAGAGGCCAAACGGGAUGCACUGAUUAAGGAGGCGUUGGCCGAAGAGGAGAGGAUGGCUGCCCGGUAUGUCAACGAUGCCGAGAUAGCCAAAGCUCAGCGAGAUUUUGAGCUGAAGAAGGCGGCCUACGAUGUCGAAGUGUUUACCAAGAAAGCCGAAUCGGAUCUGUCCUAUAAUUUAUCGGCCGCUAAGACAAGACAACGUAUUAAAGACGAACAGAUGCAGGUCAAAGUAAUUGAACGAACCCAAGAAAUUCAAGUACAGGAACAGGAAAUUGUACGCAAAGAGAAGGAACUGGAGGCCACUGUCCGAAAGCCGGCCGAAGCCGAAAAGUAUAAACUGGAAAAGUUGGCCGAAGCUCAUCGUAACAAAGUCAUUAUGGAAGCUGACGGUGAGGCCGAAGCUAUGCGUCUGAGGGGCGAAGCCGAAGCGUUUGCCAUCGAGGCCAAGGCAAAGGCCGAAGCCGAACAAAUGGCCAAAAAGGCUAAUGCAUUCAAAGAGUACGAAAUGGCUGCCAAAGUCGAUAUGGUUUUGGAUAUGUUGCCAAAGAUUGCUGCCGAAAUAGCCGCACCAUUAGCCCAGUGUAAUCGUGUGGUUAUGAUUAGCAACGGUAACAGCGAAGUCGGUGCCAGCAAACUGACCGGUGAGGUGCUCGACAUCAUUACCAAAGUCCAUCUGACUGUCUCGCAGUUAACUGGCGGCACACCUCCCGUGGCUAAUACACCGGCAUCACUAUUGAUCGGCAAACCGGUUGCCUCAAAUUAUUUUCAUCCAUUGAAUAAUCAAUCGUCAAGUCAGGGAUCACUUGGUAGACUCAAAUCGUGAGACCAAAUAAUUAUAUACAACAACAACAACAACAAUCACAACAACAAAUGCAACAAAACUUUUUUUAUUUAUCAAAUAAUUUUUAUUAUUAUUGUUUUUUUUUAGUUAAUUUAUGUUUUUUGAUAUCAUUUAUAUUAUUAUUAUUAUUAUUACC